UAUACUCAUUGUUACUGUUACUGGGAUUUUUAACAAUUGAAAUAUAUUCUUUGGAUUACACGGUACGAAAUUUGAAUGAAGAUAAUCUCACAGCUAAAGGCGGUAUCAAAAAAGCCACAUCUGGUAGUAUAUUUUAUGGCAACGCUUGUGUAGCAAUGUGCUUAUUCAUACAAUUAGCUAAAAAAUGGCCGAAAUUGGUUUCGGACUGGAAAUCAGUUGAGCUAUCCAUGAUUCGGUUUGGUACGCCUAAGUUGGGUUGGAAGGUGGCCAUCAUGACAAGUGUUUUACUCACGUUGGCAUUUGCUGAGCAUGGACUUCAUAAUUGGUUAAAUACGAGACCUGGUGGUAAAGACGACAUCGCGUCUAUGUCUCACUCAUCCGACUCAUCUGAUUCGAAUGAUCAAAGCGCUACAUAUUUGAUUGAUCAGUCAUUAACCUUCAGAGGAUACUUGGAACGAUUUUCAUUAAAAACCCAUUGGUACUUAUUCAACGAACCGACAGAUUACAACGUCGUUAAAGGAUUUAUAGUGAUGUGGUUGAGUCUGAGUGCGACGUUUUUGUGGAAUUUCACCGAUCUUUUCAUUAUGCUAAUUAGUUCGGCUUUAGCAGCUCAAUUUCAGAUGUUGACCAGAGCUUUAAAAAGUGUCAGAGCUCAAGUACUAUCUUUACCCGAAUGGCGAGAAUUUAGAGAAACCUACACUUUGCUGACCCAUUUGGUGAAAAAUGUCGAUGAUCAUAUCAAUUCUAUUAUUGUACUUUCGAUAGCGAACAACGUUUAUUUCAUAUGUGCUCAAUUGAUCACUGAAAUUGAUUCUAUUCGGCAUAGUUACUUCAGAACAUUGUUUUACAUGUAUUCUUUCCUAUUUUUGGUGUUUCGUACUACAGCCGUCGUUAUGCAAGCAGCAGCUAUCCACGAUGAAAGUAAACUCAUAGUACCGGAAUUAUUUCUUUGUCCAACCAAAGGAUAUUGUGCCGAAACUCAGCGUUUUUUACACGAGGUAACCGCAGACUACGUCGCAUUGACCGGUCUCAAUAUGUUUUCAAUUACACGAAAUUUCCUCUUAGGAGUAAGUAAAAAACCUACAAUACGAGUAUUACUCGAAUCAAACAUACAUCAAAUAACGUUACAAAAAUUCGUAUAUUUUCAACAACAGGUAGCAGGAGCUAUCCUCACAUAUGAAAUAGUUCUGAUACAGCUUCAAAAUAAAAAUAGCGAAGAAACGCAGCUACAAAAUCACAUCGAUUACACGCCAUUUACAACGACGACGACGCCACACAUGACAUGAAUCAUCAGUCAAGGGUACCUUUCACGAACAAUAUUUCAAGUUCUGAAUCGAAGAUAAGUCUCGAAGCAUCAUUAAUAACAUAUGUUUAGCGACGCUUUUGAAUCUGUCGGAAUCGUUUUCGAAAUCAUC